CUACACAAACAUAUUUUUUCUCCUGGCCUCCUCUCCUGAGCUCAGCUUAACCAUUACAGUGCUCAAUACAAGCAGGACGUUUUAUUAAAAUUCACAGAAAAGCAUAGCUGCUGUAGUUCCAUUCUGAUGCUUAGCUGAAAUACCAGCUUCUGGAAGUGAAAUAUGAAUCAUUCCCAUGCUAAAAAUGCAGAGCCAUUCUACAAGCCUAGGACAUCGGCUAAAAAGACCAGUGCUGAGAUAAUAAAUGAGGCCAGAAAUUCUCUGCGAACACUGAGAACCCAACGUCCCUUUACACCAAGAGAAGAUCAAAGAAAGUUAUUUGGUCCUACUUCAAGCCGAACAUCAGAUAAUCGUCCACCAUCUGCAUUUAGCUUGCAUUCCUGCAGCUUUGAGUCUCCUGACUCAAGACCUGUUUCUGGGGCACGUCUGAACCCUUUACCUCAUAAACCCAAACUGCAUAUGACUUCAGCAUUUGACUCACAUAAGGAUAAUGUCCCUUGUAUACCCAUUCCCCCAAUGCAUCCUAUGCAAGCAGGGAUGAGUCGUCCAUGGUUACUCAGAGCAACAUCACAUGGAAAUCUACCUGAAAAUAUGGUUUCACCACAAGAAGGAACAAAUCAGCAACAUACAAGUCUUGCUCUGAAAGGCAAUUUGCCAGAAGACUUUCUUGGUGCCACCAGUCAUUAUCCAGAACCACGACAGAUUUCCAAAAUAGGAAUAAUAAACCAAACUUCUGAAAGACCAUGUGAACGUAGCAGCAAACAUAAGCAUGGCCCCAAUGGAAGUGAGAGCAGGCCUUCUUCUUGCCCAAGCAGAACCAGCAGUCCUUUACUGGGAAGUAAUUCAGGGUCUGAACCAGAAGCUACUGAGGCAGACGAGGAAACUCGCUUUUGGGAUGAGAAGAUUUGCCCAAUAGUGCAAGACUUAAACACUGCUCACUAUGAAAAAAAUCUGGAUGAUCUCUGUUCUCUAUGUGUUAAACUACACAAGGUCUUAGAAGAAGAAAAUAUGUUGGGAAAAAGAUGCAAAUGGAGGGUUGUGCUUUUGAAGACACUAUUCAAACUAGUAGACUUGGGUUCAGAUAAACUUGGAAUUAUUCUUGCAAAAUUAAUUCUAUCGCUUAAAGUGAGCGGCAGAAAUCUUCUGAAUAUAUGUAAACUUAUAUUUAAAAUAAGCAGAAGUGAAAACAAUGACUGCCUAUUUCAAAAUGAUGAAAUCAUUGAUUCUCUUCUCGAGAUUCUACAGAGUGAAGAUGUUCAAACAAAUAGCGAAGCUUUCUUGUACUGCAUGGGGUCAAUCAAAUUCCUUUCAGGAAACACAGCAAUCCUGAAUGACUUACUCAGGAAACAGGCCGUGGAAAUAUUAGUAAAGCUGAUGAAGGAGGUCACCCGUUCAAGCAAAUUUGCAGAGACAGCGUCUGCCAAUAUGAGCCAUCUACUAGUGCAGGUUACGGCAACUCUAAGAAACCUGGCUGAUCUUUCACAAUCAAGGGUCAAAUUUCUUGCCAGCAAUGCACUACCUGAACUGUGUACAUUGCUGGAGCACUAUGUUUGGGAUAAGGACAUCUGCACUAAUGUCUCACGGAUACUUAGCAAACUUUCAGUGUAUAAUGACUGUUGCAUGGCGUUAGCGGAUUGUCUCCAAUGUUACUCUUUGUUCUUAUCUGUGCUAAACAACCAUCCAGAGAAGCAGGACCUGGUUGUUCGCAUUGUUUUUACCCUAGGAAACUUAACAGCAAAGAAUAACAAGACACGUGAAAUGUUUUAUGAAGAACAAGGAAGUAUUAAAACUAUACUACGCUUGUUACACGUGUACUAUGAACUUGAUAUAAAGGCUAGCCAGUCUAUAGCCAUUCAACAGGAGAAAACCAUGGAGCUCAAAAAGCCUUCUGAAACUGAAGAUGUCCUAAUCAAAUUAAUAAGGGCACUAGCCAACUUGUGUAUUCAUCCAACUGUGGGCGCUGAACUCGCUGCUAAUCGUGACUGCAUUGCACUUCUAAUGCAAAUUCUUGAAUAUAAGUCGAUUGAUGAAUGUGAAGAGCUGGUGAUCAAUACUGCUGCAACAGUCAACAAUUUAUCUUUUUAUCAAGAUGACACUUCUGUUAUUACAAAGAAAAAGCUAGAGAUUUCUAAAUUGCUAUUUAAAUUAUUACUGUGCAACAACAUGGACGGGAUACUUGAAGCAGCACGAGUUUUUGGCAAUCUCUCUCGCUAUCAAGAUGUGCGCAGUUUUAUGAUGGAGAAGGAUGUUUACAAGUUCUUUGUUGCACUGCUGGAUUCUAAACACCAGGAGGUCUGCUUCUCUGCCUGUGGUGUCCUGAUUAACCUGACUGCGGAGCACAGUAACAGAGUCUUGUUGCAAGAAGAAGGUGCAGUUGAAAAAAUGAUUGACUGUUUGCGGGACUUUGCUUCUUCUGAUUGGCAGCUGGCUGGGUUGUUGUGCCAGGCACUAUGGAAUUUUCAUGAAAAUCUAGAAUAUGCAGAGCCAUGCUUUGCAGCUCAAGAGGCUGUUUCUCUCCUGGAAUUGCUGGCAUAUCUACUAGAUGAGCAAACAGCUUUGGACAACAGAUUAAAUGAAGAGUUAACAGAAUAUCACAAAGCGUGCUGGGAAGUGGAGUUCAAACCUGUGGCAUUUCAGCUCCUGGAAAGGCUUAAAAGGCAUCAUUCCUGUUUAGAACCGCUGCCUUCUCCAGUGUAGUCUUCACUUUGGUUUUCCAGUUUGUAUUUAUAUAAAGAGAUGAUGUUGUAAGUUAUUUAUAUAAAUGUUACUGUGUGUGCUAGAUAACUGCAGUGCAUGUCUUGUUUACAAAAAAAAAUAAUAACUUUCUAUUGGUUCUGUUAAUAUAUUUAAGAUACUUGAAAAUUAUCUUUAAAGGGGCAGUUUACCUUAAAAUUAAUGGAGUCCUCCACCCAAUAAAAAGUGAAUAAUGAAAAAAAACUUAAUUCAAAGCAACUUUACAAUAUACAGAAAUAAAAAAUGUUCAGUAAUUAAAGGUAAUAUAGGGAUCUUUUACUCAACUCUGAGGUGUAAGUACUAGCAUGCACCCCCUUAGUGCUUACUUAAGAAGCACUUGCAGCCAGGGGAAAGUUACGCUUUGCUCCUUGUGAAAAGUGAAAAUCCAGUGUGAGGGGUGAAGCACAGCAUCAAUGUGUCCUUAGUGGCUGCCACAGGACAGGAGGUAAGGACUGAUCCCUUUUGGGCCUUCUCCUCCUGUUGUUCCCUAACUUAAGUUAUGGGACAGAAUAAGAAUGAGAAAAAGAAUAGCCAAUUGUGGCCUUCAUUGCACUUUGCAUACUGUGUUCUUCUCCAUAAAUGGACCCCAAAUAUGCCUCUUUUUUCUGCUUUCCUGGCCCUGACUCCUGAAACAAUGUUGCAAGCAAGUUGAUUGAAAUUCAUUAAAAGACCUAGAGGAGAUCUAACUCCUGUUACACUUUUUUAAAGGACAUGUAAAACUUUCAUGGGGGGAAAUUAGGCACCCCCAGUAAAAUACUCCUUUUUAGAGAAAAUGUCAUGGGGCUGUGGAAAUGUGCUUCACGGGCCUUUUCAUAAUUCUCCAGCCCUUUGCCUAUUGGCCAUUGUACAUACGCAUUUGAGUAAAACGUGCUAGAGUCUAUGCAAGGGACAUGUGGGCCACAGGGAGAAAAGUAAAAUGUUGGUGCAGCUCUUAUUUUUUUUACAGGUUUUGUUUUCUCGGAAAUCCAAACCCAUGGGGAAAAAUUUGUGAUUUACACGUAACUUUAAAAGCACUGAAAACCUUGAGUAAAUGUAUAUUGGAAAGUCGCUUAUGAUAUUUGAUUUCAUUAUGCAAUACAAUGGUAUUUGGGUGGAGGACCCCUUUCAGUGUGUUUAAAUCAGUGAUAUCCUGAGGCAACUUGCAGACAGUUUUCAUUUUUAUUUUUCAGUUUUAGAAUGGUUUGCCAUUAUAGUCUGCUCUUUUCCUGCCGGUAAUUUACUGUACUCUCUGGUUGCUGGGAUCAGCGACCCUAACAAGAAGAAAGCUGAUUCUGCUAAAACUACAUUGUUUAGAUUUGUGUCACUUUUCUUUCUGAUCAGACCCGCUUCUAAUUAUCCUCCAGUCUGCAAUGGUAACUACUGUACAGUUGCUAGAGUUAACAGGACCCAACCUACCAGUUUAGUUUAGCUUCCAGACUUCCAGAGAGCUAUAAGUUAUUUUCAAGGUGGACUGCCCCAUUCUUUAUAAUAGAAAUGGCUUUCUACAAAAUUGCAAAUGUUCCUUAAUUUUUCAAUCUAUGAAAACACUGUGUGAUCCAUGGAAUUUGCUUGAAAAUUAUUGAACGGGAUACUGUCAUAACAAGAUUACUAUCUUUUUAUGAUAAUAAAAUUUAUUUUUUACAUAA